UUUUUUGUCUGUGAAUCCUGAUCUUUGUGAUACCGUGACUACCCAGAACAAGUGUAACUUCGGUACAGACCAUUUGUGUAGUUUACAGUUUCAUCAGAUAAGUGUUAUUUGCAAACAGUGAGUUCCAGGUUGGACAAGGUAUUCAAGUUUGCCUGCCGCAGACAUCAAUCAAACAGACUUCAGCACGUGGUUUUGACCUCUACUUCUCAGAUUCUGCACAAUAUCAACAGCUGGGCAGAUUUUUUUCUGUUCUGAGGACACCCUUUUCUCUGGACGCCCCUGACUUAGACCAACGCCAAUAUGCCUGCACGUUCUUGCUGUUCUGGGAACUCCAGCCUCGUCCAGAAAAAGCCCCGUGCAUCACUCAGCAAAAGACUGCGAAAACGUUUCAAGAGUCAGCGAAAAUCUCACAAUCAGCUGUUUAUAGCGGGCGCUCUCGGUUUACCUUCUAUCAGGACAAGCGAGGGCAGAUUCAAGACUCCAGUAAACAUGACAUCGUUGUCUGCCUAUCUCUCUGGGAAAUCCCCCGUCGUGAAGACAAAAGAGCCACGAGCGACAUUGAGAAAGAAACUUCUGAAAUUGUUCUUCAAGAAAAAGCCAGAAACAUGCGCGUUUGUACAAAACACUACCAGCCUGCCAAAGGUUAAAUACGUAGAUAUAUCGUAUGAGAGCACUACAGAACUUGCUGCUCUGGGACUCCACGACCAGGCUUUUCUCGAGGAUAGCGACGCCUCAUCUUCGGAAAUUUGGGACCUCAGUUCUUUGGAGCAGUUAAACCCGACCUCGACAGAGAGCCCCGCCGGUUCCGAGGCAGUCUAUGCAGUACUGAAUCCUGUGGAUCCGUUUAAAAAGACCUCUAACAAGAACAUUUCCGUUUAUAAUGUUAGGGAUCCUCUAGGACAAUUAAACAAGACAUUUAUUAUCAAAAGCAAUGAAGGUUCAGAAGCAGUUUAUGAGGAGAUGAAUCCUGUGAGAAAGUUAAACACGACAUUUACCAUCAGCCCUCCAAAUUCAGAUGCUGUCCAUAAGGCACAGUUGAACAAGACUUUUACCAAGAACACUCACGGUUCAGAUGCCGCCAGUUAAACCAAACCUGUUUAGAGAACUUUGCCGCUUCAGAUGCAGUCUAUGAGAAAUUCAAUUUUCCGGGAUUGGCGGGAAUGUUUCUUGUUUCUAACCUGUGACACAAAGCAAACUCAGUUUGGAAGCCAAGAUGACUUAUAUCUAGGAACUUUGAUGUCAACGAAUAAAGGUCUGGUACAACAGAA